GGAUGCUACAUGACUAGAAGUCAUAUGUUAACUCAGAACCCAUCUGAGAGAGUGAAGCUUUCAGUUUCACAUUUCACUUUCCCUGCUCUCUGCCUAUAAAUAUAGGAGAAGCACAGCUGUUUACUAGGAGGUGAGAAGUCUUUCUGCUGCUCCUACAGAGAAAAGAAGGUUUUUGCUGCGCAGGAAGAGGCAGAGAAGCAUUUCACAGCACAGAGUGAAUCACCACUUCCUACAGGGUUUCUUUCACAGACUGCUGCUUUCAGAGAUGAUGUCCCACUAUGAAAUUAUAAGCAAAGGGAGAAAGCAAUUAAUUGAUAUACUUCAGAAGAACAUAGACUGUGUUUUAGAUGAGUUACGCUUAGAGACUGUCAUCACAAAAGAAGAAUAUGAGGGCCUGGAGAAAUAUGAAGACUCAAAGAAAAAAAGUAGAGAAUUGCUUAUUCUGAUACAAGAAAAAGGAGAAGCCGCCUGUUGCCAGUUCCUGGAAUGCUUAGAAGUCGCAUGUCCUGGUUCAAAUCAUGCCCUGCAUGUUCAAAAACACGAUGAGACUCAAAAUCCGCUCCAGAGUUGUGGCCACUCAGUGCUGAUGUCAGAAUCCCAUCCAGAUCACUUGAAUCUCAGGAAAGACCUUCAUGUCCCAGACUCUGUUGAAUUUUCAGGGGAAAGAAGUGGAUCCAAUAGCAUGGAUCUGGCUAGAUCUGGAAACCAGGAUGCUCCCCGGUCCCGAGAGGGCGUAGGAGAGGUUGAGAGUCUACGUUCUCCUGUAUCCUCAGAGGCAGGAAGUGGAUCUCAGAGCCCAGAUGAUGCUAUUAUGCUUCCAUGGGGUGCAAGCAGCACUGAGGACCCAGAUGAUGCCAGUCUCCUGCUCUCCAGCAAAGAGAGAGAAAUCAAGACCCCAGAUUCCCUGGAUGUAGCGGAGAACCCCAGUGAUGCUGCCAUGGGCGCAGAGAACGGAGGUAGAGAUGAGGAUCUAGAGAGCUGUGCAUCUCCGCGGGUAGGAAGUGGGGCUGAGAGCCUAAGUGCCCCUCUGUCUUCUAGCAAAGGAAGUGGAGCCAGCAAUGGGAACUGUGGCAAAUCUGAAGGUAUAGAAAGUGGAGUGCAAAUUCCUGCCAUCUCUGCAUCAAAGGGAGAAGAAGAGGGAGCCCAACAACUGGAUUCCUCCAAGAAAAAAAGGACGAGCGGGUCUCCCACAAGAAGGGAAAGAUUUGAGAACUCAAAAGAGUGUUUGCCUCCAGAGGAGAAGCCUGAAAGCCCAAGAGUAUUGGGAGAGACAGAAGAAGCAGUCCCCAAAGAACGCAUCAUCAGAGAUCUACAGCCUCUCCUGGACAAUGACAGCUCCCUUUCUCAAGCUCUGGGAGGAAGACCUUUCAUUGCCUACAGACAGCCACCCAAUCUUAAUCAACUCCUCACCCACAACAAUACAACCACCAGACUUAACAUGGACACUGGUACCAGAGCCUGCAAUGAACCCAGAUGCCAACUUUGCUGCCACAUACACCCGGACAACAUCAUUACUGGCCCCAACAACAUCCAACAUACCAUCUCAGGACUAUUUAAUUGCUCAUCUUCUAACAUUGUGUAUGCCAUCAAAUGCCAACAGUGCCCUUCAGCUCUCUAUAUUGGACAAACAGGCCAAACCCUACGCCAAAGGAUAAAUGGACAUAAAUCUGACAUCAGGAACCACAAGAAAUCAGUACGAGAACACUUCAAUCUCCCAGGACAUUCUAUACAAGAUCUCAAAGCAGCUGUUUUAUUACAGAAAAAUUUCAGGAACAGACAGGAAAGAGAAGAUGCUAAAUUGGAACUCAUUACCAAGCUUAAAACCAUGGAGCCCCCUGGGAUGAAUUAAGACAUUGGAUUCUUAUCUCAUUAUGCAUGAACAAGCUUUCUUUAGCGCCUCAGCCUUGCUUUUGUGGGAUGCAAAGGGUUAAGUGCAGUCAAGUCACAACAAUCCCUAGAGAGUCCACUUGGAGGACUAGCUUGGUUUCCUGUUCCUCCACAUGCAAAUGAGUUGGGGAAGUGGCAGAUAAAUUCACUAGCGAGAAGCCAUUUCCUCCUCUUGGAUCAGACUCUAUUGGACUUCAAGGACUCAUAUUGUGUAUUUUUGAAGGAUUGAUUUGGAUUGUGAUUUUGAACUCUGUAGGAUUUUUCCAGUUAAGAUUUCCUGGUUGAGCACAUGGUCUCUUUGUUCUGCAGUGUGCUUGGGGGAUUAACUACCCCUCCCUUCCCUCAGAGUUUACAGUACUGAGAAAGCUCAGAGGUAGUGAAGAUAUUUUUGAGAUUUUGAUUUUUGAAAGAUCUUGAAUUUUGGGAAUUUUGGGAAUUUUUGGAGUUUUAAGAUGGCAAGCUCCAGUUUUGGUAGUGAGGCAAGACCAAGUUUUAUGCUGCUGGAUGACAAUAAUUUUGUGCAGUGGAAGCAGCACAUUUUAGUUUAUCUUGCUGCUGGGCGUGUUCUGCAGGCCAUUAAGGAAGAAAAGUCUACAGGAACCGAUGAAGAAGCUUUAGCCAAGAUAGAAGCUUGGAGUAUUAAAAAUGAUGAAGCCAAGCACAUAAUUUUGAGCAACUUGAGGAAUGAGCAUCUAUCGAUGAUAAAUUUUGAAAAUGAUGCAUCUAAGAUCCUAGAGGACAUUGAACGCAUUUAUGCACAAUCUACAGAGAGUUCCUAUAGAUAUUUGUUGGAUAAGUUACUCAAGUUGAAGAUGAAUUCUAGAGAAGAGUUUACAGAGCAUUUUAAGAAUUUUUCUGAGAUUGUUCAAAGAAUUGCCCUUACUCCCAGAGCCUUUGAUGAUGUGACUAAAGUAACGUUUAUGCUUGCAUCAUUGGGACCUGAAUUUGCUCCAUUUAAAAGUAUAAUGGAUCACACAAAAGAUCUAACUUUUAAUGAGCUCAUCAGGGUGGAUAAAAAUCAAUGAUUUUUUUUAAAAAAAAUCAAAAAAUCGGAUUUUUUUGAUUUAAAUCGAUUUUUUUGAUUUAAAUUGAUUUUUUUUAAAUAAAAUGCUUAUUGAGGAAAAUAUAUUACCAUCCAAAGGUUAUUCCAUCAUGAAAUUAAGAUUAGUUUUUUUAAUUAUGUAGAAUAAGGUUGUAUAUGUUUAAUUUUUUGGUUAAAUAAAUUCCAUUAAUCCAUUCACAAUGUCAUGCUCUUCCAGAGGUUUUUGUAAGAUUAUUGGGCAGUUUCUCUGCCUACAAGAUAUUAUCACAGGUGCUUGGUUUACUUUUGCAGUUCUCAAAACUGAAUUUGACUCAACAGAGAUCACAUGCCUCUUCUUCACAGCAAAAAUGUUAUAACAUGAACAGAGUUGAGAAAAAGACCUUAAUCCUAUUGUUCUACAAACCUAUGAAUACAGAAACAAUCCCUUCAGUGCUAAGUUUCAAGAAGUUCAGUGAAUAGAAUAGAAACAAUAUUUUUCUGAUUGUUUGGAGUGGACAGUAUUUAAGUUUUUCAUUUGUAGGCUGGGCUGACAGUCUAAGUUUCUUAAAAUAUAUACAUUUUGUUUUUGUUUAGCCAAAUUAGUUAACAAACAUGGAUGUUUGUUUAAGCAAAUAACAUAUGCUGUAAUGUUGUUGUUUUGGUUGAAUAAAUUUAUUUAAAUUGUUAUUAUUAAGGUAAUGAUUAUUUUUCUCCUUCCUAAGUACAACAGUAAAGUUGUCCAAAUAUGAAUGAGUAACCUAUUAAACUGGGGAUAAAAAACUAAUAUGAAAAGUUGUUAUUCUAAAAAUCUUCAUCUACUUGCAUAUUAAAGUUAUACCAGCAAGAAUUAGUCUUUAUGUAGAAAACUAUGAUUUAAAUCAAGCCUUACUGACUAGUGAUUUAAAUCGUGAUUUAAAUCAUGAUUUAAAUCAGUUUGAUUUAAAUCAAAUCCACCCUGGAGCUCAUCAACCAUUUAAGAGAGGAAUGCAGAGAUAGCCUUGAUUCUCAAGAAAGGAAUCCAAGGAGGAAGGAUAGCAGCUAUGCAUCCAAGCAUUUUGGAAAGUCCAGAGAGACGUCUAGAGCAGGGGUCCCCAGACUUACUGGGCUUUGGGCCGGUGCCCGCCGCGCCGACCGCGUGGCGGGCCGGAGGGCAGGGGAGUGCGCGCACAGCGGACCGGAGGGUGGGGGAGUGCGCACCCGUGCGCAUGCGCACACACACUUACUGGCGCACUGGCGCGCUUCCCGGUCGGAAAAAAUCGUCGAAAAUCACUUGUGCGCAUGCGUAUGGGCCUCCCCCGACCCGGAAGUGCACCGGAAAUGACCUCUUCUGGGUCGGGAGAGGCCCAUAUGCAUGCACACAAAGGAUUUUCGGCGAUUUUUUUUCCAAUUUGGAAGAUCGCCGCCGUGCUGCGUGCCGUAAGAGCGGGCGGCGGCAGCGGGCGGUGGGGGCCGUCGCGGGCCGGAUUGGGAGGCCAAUUGGGCCGCAUCCGGCCCGGGGGCCGUAGUCUGGGGACCCCUGGUCUAGAGAAAUAAAUUGUUUCAAAUGCAAUGGCAAAGACCACAUAGCAAGGAACUGCAAGGGUCCAAAUGGGGAUAAAGUUGAAUCCCACCCCUCAAAACCACAAGGCGUUAAGAAGGGGAGUCGUGAGCAAACCAUGUUGAUGCAGGAGAGGAGUCUAGCUGUCCAGAAUCAUGAAAAUAAGCGCAAUAAGUGGAUUCUUGACAGUGGAGCGAGUUCACAUGUUUCUUAUGAAAAGGAGUAUUUUAAUGAGCUAAAUGAGGAUGAAACCUCUGAAAUUGAAAUUGCUGAUGGCAACGUAGUAAAGGCAAUUGGUGCAGGAACUGUGAAUUUAAAAUUCAACGUAGAUCAUGAAACAAUUAAUACUAAGAUAACUGAAGUUAAGUUUGCACCAAAGCUUAACUGCAACUUACUCAGCGUGUCCAGUUUGGACAGGAAAGGUUUUAAAAUUACAUUUGAAAAAGGGCAAUGUAUCGUGACUAAGCAUGAUGAAGUUUAUGUUGAAGGCAAACUAAAGGAUGGUGUAUAUGAGCUUAAUAUUUCAGAGAACCAGCGGAACCAGUCUACAAGGAUGGCCCAACCAAGCAAAAGGGAUCAAGCAAGUGUGGAACCAAGGAGUGAGGAGUUUGUAUUUUAUCCUUUUGAACCAAUACAAAGCACUAAUCCACCUUCUAGUGUUGUAACACCCCCUAUAGGUGACACCCAAGGAGCCGCGGAGGUCCAGGCCCCUGGCAGCACCAGAGAUGAAGAGGAUGAGGAGCAGCUGUAUGGGGAUAUACCACUGCUGGAGGAGGAUGAGGAAGGUGAUGCAGUCGGAAGACCAGAGGUCAGACACUCAUCCAGAACCUACAGAGGUGUUCCACCAUUACGGCUGUCCUACCUUACAAGGUCGGCGUCUCCACAGGAACCUUCCAAAUGGGAAGAGAUAGAGAGGAUGCCACCAGAUGAAGCCAGUCUCUGGAGGAAAGCUGCUCAGGAGGAGAUAGAUGCACUUCAUCGGAACAGGACCUGGACACUCACAGAACUACCUCCUGGUAAGGAAGCAAUUGGAAGUAAAUGGGUGUUCAAGGUUAAAAAGGGUUCAGAAGGGGAGGUGCAACGCUACAAAGCUAGGCUUGUGGCACAAGGUUUUUCCCAGAAGUAUGGUGAGGAUUAUGAUCAAGUGUUUGCACCGACAGUUUGAUACAGCAGUGUCAGACUACUUUUAAGUAUUGCAGCAUCUAAGCAAAUGUCGGUUUACCAUAUUGACAUUGCGACAGCCUUUCUUCACGGCGAAAUUUCUGAGCAGAUUUAUAUGAAGCAGCCCAAAGGUUUCAUUAAACCAAAUGAGGUGCAUCUAGUGUGCAAGCUGCAGAAAGGACUUUAUGGUUUGAAGCAAGCAGCGAGGGCUUGGAACCAGAAACUCCAUGAGAUGCUGGUGCAGCUUGGGUACAAGCAAGGGACUGCUGAUAAGUGCUUGUACACCAAACAAAGGAAUGAACAAUUUUUGUAUAUUUUAGCCUUUGUUGACGACCUUUUAAUUUCUACGUCAAAUGAGAAGGACUAUAAAGACAUAGUCAAGCAUCUCAACAGGGAAGUAGAGGUCAAGGAACUAGGAAAAGUGAAAUACUACUUGGGAAUUCAAGUUGAGAGAGCAGAGGAUGGAUCGUUCUUACUCAGCCAAAGGCAAAAGAUAACUGAACUGAUUGAAAGCAUGCAGAUGCAGGACGCACACCCAGUUGCGACACCAAUGGCCACAGACUUCUUGAAGAAUCAACAAGAUUUAAAGUUGCUGCCAAACAACACGCAAUACGGGUCAGCGAUUGGUAAACUUUUGUAUUUGGUUACCACAUGCAGACCUGACCUGGCAAGUGCAGUGGGGAUCCUAAGUGGGAAAGUAAGUUGUCCCACUGAGCAUGAUUGGGCUGGUGUUAAGAGGGUUGUUCGUUAUCUAAAGGGAACCAUGGACUGUAAAUUAAAACUGCCAGCUGUCAGAGACCCUAAACUGCUUGGGUACACUGACGCGGAUUGGGCUGGGGAUAAUAAGGAUUAUAAGUCCACCAGUGGUUAUGUUUUUAUGUAUGGGGACGGAGCUAUUGCAUGAGGAAGUUAUAAACAUAAAUGUAUAGUUUUAUCGUCCUCAGAAUCCCAAUACAUUGCAACUUUGGAGGCUUGCAGAGAGAUCGCCUGGCUGGAUCAACUCCUGAAGGACUUUGGCGUGCCAAGGAAGGGACCUGUCAGCUUGAUGGAGGACAAUCAGAGCAGUAUGAAGCUGACACAAAGCAAAAAGUUCCUUGCACGCACUAAACACAUUGGGGUCAGGUACCACUACAUACGCCAGGUGAUCGAGGAUGGACUUGUUGAAAUGUGUUACUGCAACACUGAACAGAUGACUGCAGACAUUCUAACAAAGCCCCUGCCAAGAGAGAAGUUCCAGGAUCUUCGUGGCAAGCUGGGACUCUUGGGUGGUUGAUUAAAGUUGUUUAUGUAUGUU